AGCAUUUUCAGUUACUCAUCAUCAUCAACUGAAGUUACAAAAUGCCUAAGUUAUAUAAUAUGAUGAUUUUGUAUGAUUAAAUUUUGGAACUUUGUGAUUAUGAAGACUUUUUUUUGGUUGAGCUAUUCUAAAAUGUGGAAAAGAUUUGUAAUUAUUCUUUAGGGUCGCUUUCGUUUUGUCUCAGUCCCUUGGAUUUGGGACCCCACAAAGCCGUGUAUACCUCUGUGGAGCUUUCUCCUAUGAUCUCAUUGAGAUGUUUCAAGAAUCAAUAUUGGCUGCAAAUUGGGAAAGGCUUAAUCUUUGAACAAGUAAACGACUUUGGAGAACAAGGUAAGAGAUUUAUGGGAAUUCUUCCAUUUGGGGUCUCUGCUUUGCUUUUCUUACCAUUUUUUUUUACAAGGGUGUUUGCCACAUUUGGACACUGAAGAUUUGGACUGUUCAGAGCCAGAUGAUUGAUGGAAAAAAUUUAGAUUUAUGUUUUUACUUUUGAGUUUCUUGAUCUGGGUUUUGCUUGAAAACGGUUAUGGUGAUCCGGAUUUGGCUGUUGGAAUGAUGCCGUGAUCAGCUCAAAACGAGCUAAUAGUGAAAGAAGUUAGUUAUGUUCAAAAGUUGUUACAGUGAUUUGAGUAUUUCCUUCUAAGGAAACCCUUCUUUGAGUUUUCUCCCAAAAGAGUACUUUUUCUGGCCCAGUUAAGUUUUUCCUUUUUCCUUUUCUUUGUUUAAGUUUGAUGGAUUGAAUUUUCACAUUUUGAGAUAUUAGAAUCUGGGUUUUGCAUAAAAUUGCAAACUUGACAUUGGGAUUUGCCCAAAGUUUUGGUUUUUGUAUUGACAUUAUGAGGGAGGAAGGUUUUAAUGAAAUUGAAUGAAAGCUUGAUGUGAAAUGGUGGUGAGUGAGUGAGUGAGUGAUCCAUUUUUUAUUUUGAUUUUGGAUCCAUGGCUGCCAUAUCUCCCUCUCAAAAUUCACCUCCUUCAGCCGUGCCACCGGCUCCUAGCACCACUUCAACUCCACCACCUCAGAUUUCUUCAUCUCCUCCUCCAACUCCUCUUACAUCUCCACCACUUUCUCAGCCCAACGCAAAUCCCCCAGAUACCUCAAACUCUACUGCUACUUCUCCACCACCUCAGUCCCCUCCUCCUCCAGCCACACAAUUAACACCUCCAUCACAACCACUCCCAUUGGCACCACAAGCAGCAUCUCCACCACCUUCAUCUAAUGCCCCACCUCCCUCAACUUCUGGUUCUUCACCUUCACCACCACCACCAACUUCAAAUCCACCAGUAAGUUCACCUCCACCACCUCCCACAAGCUCUAGUCCACCAGUAACCUCACCUCCACCUGAUAGUUCACCUCCACCACCAUCAUCCAACCCACCAGUGAAUUCACCUCCUCCAUCAACGUCAAAACCACCUGAAACUUCACCUACACCACCAUCAGCAAACCCACCCAAAACCUCACCCCCUCCACCAUCAUCAACUAAGCCACCUGAGAGUUCACCCUCACCUCCAGCAUCUUUGCCACCCCAGAAUUCAUCUCCACCACCGCCACCGCCAUCAAAAUCUGUUCCUCCAAAAAGUUCUCCACCACCAGCAUCAGUUUCCCCUGAAAAAGCACCCCCUCCUCCGGCAUCAGUUUCCCCCGAAAAACCACCUUCUCCACCUUCAUCAGUACCUCCAAGGAAUGCACCCCCACCUUCUCAGCUAACUCCAGCCCCACCUAGCUCUGAUCAAACACCACCUCCUGAGAAUUCUCCUCCAGGGACAUCACCUCCUCCCUCCUCAUCUAUCUCUCCUCCACCACCUUCUCAAGUUCCAAUUUCUCCAUCAGAUAAUCGUCCUUCAAACAAUUCCGGCCCUAGUGCAUCAGAUAGAGUAAAGUCUAAUGACAAUGGAGGGAUUAGUACUGGAGGUGCUGCUGCGAUCGCUGUAGUGGUUAGCUUGAUUGUGCUUAGCCUCAUUGGAUUGGCAAUCUGGUGUUUAAGAAAGAAAAAGAGAAGGGUUUCAGGAAUUAGUGGUCACAUCAUGCCAUCCUCAAGAGGAUCUUCCCCCAAACCAGAGUCAGCCUUCUUUAAGGCACAGUCUUCAGCACCCCUUAUAGGUAGUGGUUCUAGCAGUGAUUUUGUGGACUCUGCAUCAGAGGCUGGGCUAGGCAAUUCGAGGGGGCUGGGAAAUUCGAGGCCAUUGUUCACAUAUGAAGAACUAGUUAAGGCCACAAAUGGCUUUUCAGAUGAGAAUCUUUUGGGUGAAGGUGGAUUUGGUUCCGUGUACAAAGGAUGCCUACCAGAUGGGCGAGAGGUUGCAGUUAAACAACUAAAGAUUGGUGGAGGUCAGGGGGAACGAGAAUUCAAAGCGGAAGUUGAAAUCAUUAGUCGUGUUCACCAUCGUCAUCUGGUUUCACUAGUGGGCUACUGUAUUUCUGAUAAUCGCAGGCUACUUGUCUAUGACUACGUCCCCAAUAAUUCCCUUUAUUACCAUCUUCAUGGUCCAGAUAGGCCUGUUUUAGAGUGGCCAGUACGAGUGAGGGUUGCUGCUGGUGCAGCUCGUGGAAUUGCGUAUCUUCAUGAAGACUGCCAUCCUCGGAUUAUUCACAGGGAUAUUAAGUCUUCGAACAUUCUCUUAGACAGCAAUUUUGAAGCUCGGGUUUCAGAUUUUGGGCUAGCAAAACUAGCUCUCGACGUAGAUACACAUAUAAGUACACGUGUUAUGGGGACCUUUGGAUAUGUGGCUCCUGAAUAUGCAUCAAGUGGAAAAUUGACUGAGAAAUCUGAUGUAUACUCUUUUGGGGUUGUGCUUCUGGAGCUGAUUACCGGACGGAAGCCUGUGGAUGCAUCGCAACCCUUGGGUGACGAGAGUCUAGUUGAAUGGGCUCGACCAUUGUUAAGUAAUGCACUUGAGAAUGGGGAAGUCGAUCAUCUGGUGGAUCCAAGGCUUGAGAGGAACUAUGUUGAGAGUGAAAUGUUACAGAUGAUUGAGAUUGCCGCUGCUUGUGUGCGACAUUCAUCGGCCAAGAGACCUCGAAUGGGACAGGUUGUUAGAGCUUUCGAUAAUUUAGCUGCUUCAGAUCUAACCAAUGGAAUGAGAGUAGGAGAAAGUGAGGCAUUUAACUCAACGCAGCAGUCUGAAGAAAUAAGAUGGUUUCGGAGAAUGGCAUUUGGCAGUCAAGAUUACAGUACAGAUUUGUUCACCCAAAACAGCAUGAAUAGUAGAGAGAACAGAGUAAAUGAGGCAUGAGAAAACUUUCACUUUUUAGUCCACAGUUUUUUUCUUUUUCUUUUUUCUUUCAUAGAUGUCUCUCAGCUCAGCCAGCCCUCACAAACUAUUCUGCCUGUAACCAGAACAUCAAAGGUAGAGGCCGAAAUCCCAGCCAUCAUUCUUGUAGUUGUGUCAUACAAAGAAGAGAAGCUCAUAUUUUUUGUCCUGUAAUUACUGGAAUUUUGUUUUUUUUUUUUUUCCGCACAUAAUUAUCUGUACAGAAGAAGCAAUGCCAUGCUUCUCUUUUUUAUUUGUUUCCCUCUUUUCUUUUUUCACUCUUCAUAUUCGAGAGAAAAAAAAAAAGAAGACAAUAUGUAAUGUGACUGCAUGAGAGUUUUUCAUCUUGACAGGUGUCGUGUGCAUGUGGGUCCACACUCCAUACAAUUUUUUCUGAAAUGUGUAAAAAAGAAAUGGGAAAUUGAGGUGAGAUCAGAGUGAGCAGGUGCCUUAUAAUUCCAGUAAUUUGUAGCUUCUACUUAAAACGUCUCAACUCAGCCUAUACAUAUAGUGGUCCACACGGCUACAUUUACUUUGUUUAUUAUGAUUGACUUGGACUCUAUCCAUUGAAUGUGCGUUUCAGCUUCUCUAUUACACCA